AUUUAUGCAAUUCAUGUCGAUUCGAUUUUACAUCGAUUCUUAUACAUUGUGGAUGUGCUGUUGGAUGCUCUUUUAACGCAAUGGAAUAGAAAUUUGUUCCAAAAGGUACGUUAAAAAGCGAUGUAGAGUCAUGCUACCAAUAUCUUGCGGCGACUAAAAGUACUUUCAAUUCUGUUCUUUUUCUUAGGAAUGUGGAAUAUAUCCGCUUGGGGGUCAAUUAACGACCAUUACCGUUUGCGCUUUUGAAUGUGUGUAAGUAGCUAUUUCCUUUAAUAUAAUUCAGUCACUUUUUAAUAUAAUAUAUCAUGUAGACCACGAGGCUGAAUUGUAAUGACUACUUUAUUUAUAGUGUCAUGUAUAUAUUGGUUUAGUAUUUUAUAUUAUCAUCGUCUAGACAGUAUCAGCUCACUUUUCUUUUUCGCGCCUUGAAGAUCCAUUUUCAACAUAUCCGGCUUCCGAGAAAUUUCAAAAUAACAUUCGGACAGCAUGACAAAAUCUUUACAAAGCAAUUUCUCUAGCGUGCUUUGCAGACUUUUGAUAUUCGCGCUUAAUAAUUUUUAGUGAGAUUUAGUCCAGCAUGAAUUACAUAUAGUCUACAAAACAGUUAUGUUUUCUUUUGCUCUAGCUUCAUUUCAGGUACUAUACCGUUAAAUUUAACCACAGAGUUUACUGUGGCUUCCGGAUGCGUUUCUUGGGUUUAUUAGUGAAGUGUGACUUUCAGUUUUCUCAGAUUGCCAACAGCAUUUGACCACAGUUACCCUCUACUAACUAAGAUUUGAUGAAAAAAUGAACCAAUAGCCAACUUUACUCAUACGGCUUUCAGUUUACACUCCACUAAACCAAGGUGCGGCACGCGACUUCCAAAUUUAUCAGCAUAUCUUUAGUGCGUUUCUAACUUUAUUAUUCUAAGCUCUUCUGGGGUUAAUAUAUUAGCCAAUCUUGCCCUCGAAGUACGUUUGAGCUUAGUUUUUUUGGUUUUUGUCUCCUCAAUAUUAUAAUUGAAAACAAACUCGGAAACAUGAGCAAUCCUUUGCAGCAAAACGUCCGAAAAAAUAACACAUCAUCAAUCAAUGAUAUUUAAACUCGUAUUUUUUUUUAACUUACUAGUAAUUAGAAAAUUAGUUUGUGGAGUAUUUGACAGAUGGUUUUAAAAGAUAUGAUAGAUGGUUUUAAAAGAUAUGAUCAAAUCCGAUCAACGUGACAUCUUCGAUGGUCCUAAUGACCUCGUCAGAGAAACAAAAUGACUUCCACCUUCUUUGUCAUCUAGAUAAUCCAAUGAGAAGUGAAUCUCCUCAGUUAUUUGGUAGAACAUUUCAAGAUUUAUCUGGAGCAGUUUGUUCGACAGUAAUUAACUACUCGAGGUGAGGUCUUUUCGCCUCGUGUCUUACUUUAUACCGCAUCAGAAUGACGUAAUCAAAUCCCUGCGAGAGGUAUUGUAGAACCGCAAAUUUACGAUUAUAAAGUGGAGAGGAAAACGAAGUAGUAAUUGUGGGUGAUGAGCGAACAGAUAGAGUUGCCCUAUCUCAAUGUUGAUCAACAUAUUCUGCUCUGUUCUGAUGCCAAACAUUAUCAAAACAAUAUUCAUCAUUUUUAAGAGUGAUUGUCGCUUUGAUUGGAGUUUUCUGCUCAAAGACCCAGAACAAAUCCUUGGCCUUUGAACGGAAAAGGUGGGUAUACUGACUUUGAUGUCAUUGGAUAUCGUAGAAUAUUUACAAGGCAGGGACACGCUAGCUUCCUGUCUAUUCCGUCACAUUCUUUGUUGACUUGAGCGCGUUGACCCCUUCGUCUUUGAAUUUAGGUUUGACUAAUAGCCGCGUGUGUCUUUAAUCCAAAAGUAGAACUAUUUUAUACAGAUCUGAAGUCUAUGGUGGCUUUUUAAAGUAAGCACGAUUCAGAUUCUUUGGCCGUGAUGAAUGUCUUAAGUGUCGGUAUUUGGGGAGUCCUCCACGUUAUAAUAAUAGCAACAUCUAAAACCACAGGAUUUUCUUUUAUAAACACUCCUAGCUGCGAAUUUGGCAGUCGUUAUGAACCUUUUUUAAGUAACAUGGAGAUUGACUGCCGUACAACAGAUCCCAAGUCAAAUUCAACUUUGUAUCUCAAAGACCGACCAGCAAUAGUAAAGUCAUCAAAUGGAUCAGUUUAUUUAGUUUAUAUUACUCUAAAAUCACAUGGGAAAUUUAAAUGUGUAGCACAAAAUCAGCAAGGACAAAAAAUCACCUGGGAGUGCCAAAUCUUACCUAUGCCUUAUUCACGCAUCCCAAGGCCUGUGAUUGAUGGUCCUUCUGUAUACCCUGCUGGAUACUCCUUUAACUUAACAUGCCGUGUCACACAAGUUGGAAUAAUAAAAUUGGAGUUUUAUAAGAUUACUGGAAGUGGUUAUAUCAAACUACCAAAUAAUAGAUUGAUAAGCAAUGACAGAUCCCUAAAGUUGCUGUUCAUAACACCAUCAGUUAUGCCAAAAACAAGAUAUGUUUGCAAAGCUACUAGUCGAAUGGCGGCGAAGGAAACUGACAAAGUCAUCUCUAUUAAAAAUCCUGUACAAGUACAGAUAGUCAGUUUUCCUCAAGGAAAGUAUCUGGCAUUGCAACCCUCAAAAAGAAAAGAUAUUCCAUGCCGUGCUAUCGGCUUCCCAAGGCCAACUUUAAAGUGGUUUAAGAAUGGAAAACGGAUCUUAACCAACAUGUUUACAUGUGAAAAAGGUGAAAAUGUGAAGUGUUUGGCAAUAAGAUCUCCUACAUACCCAAAAGAUGAAGGAAACUACACUUGUCAGGCUACUAAUGAUUUUAGUUCAUCAAGGAAAAGCAUUGUUGCGGCAUUUCAAUUUCCUCCGAAAAUCGAUGAUACAAUCAAAGAAGUUGUUGUAGAAGGCAUCAAGGCUAAAGAUUUGUUUUGUAAGAUCAUCAAGAAAAGAGGACAGAUUCUUCCUACUUAUUUUAAAUGGUUGCAAAGCUUGCCGUGCAUAUCACAAAAACAAUGUAAAGCACAGUCCAAAAACUGGCAACCCAUAUCAGCGAAUCAUGAUCAACGACCUCCCAGCAAUAUUUCUACAUUUAAUAGCACAAUUACAGUACCGACAUCUGCUCUGAAUACCAGAUAUUACAAGUGUAUUGCCAGCAAUACUCUCGGCAAUGAUAGCCAUGUUAUUGCGUUUUAUCGAUCAAGGGCCUACAAACCAGAAGUAGAAGUCAAAGGAGUUGACACAUUUGAUGCUGAAAAAACUAUUCAACUAAGCUGUGUGAUAUCGGUUGGAAAUUUCACAAGGUGGUCAAAAAAUGGGCGCAAAAUCACGCAGAACUCCCGUAACCCAAGAGUGUUGAUCUCAAGAAGGACAGUCAAAGACAUUAACGAAAUUGUUACUUUAACAAUCGUUAAUGCUACAGUCGACGACACAGGUCGCUACAGAUGCAAAGGCAAGGGUUAUGAUGGAUCGCGGCUUAGCGACGUCAAAAUGGUUACAGUGAAAGCGGUAUUCAAACCAAAUAUUACCAGUCUGUCCAACAUCACAGCCAACCACUACUCCAACAACCAAACGAACAUCGAGAUCACCUGUCACGUGACUGCUAACCCGAAACCUCUCAUCACAUGGCGUAAUAAUAAAGGGUCCACUCUCACCUCGUUGAUAAAACGAAAAAAUUGUGAAAACACAGUCAGAGGUUAUUAUCUAAAAAGUACAUCGAAGGAAACUGGUAACGUGUUACUUAUUUGUGAUGCUGACAAUCGACACACUGGUUUGUACACUUGCCAUGCGCAGAACUAUAAAGGAUAUGACGUAAAGACCGCGUAUGUUAAUAUAUUAACUUCUCCAAAAAUCAUCUCUGAUUCCAAGUACAAGAUCGUGAACAAAGAUAUUGGGCAGUCCGUUGACAUAGAUUGCAACGCCACAGGAAACCCAUCACCUACAGUUAUGUGGACUAAACAUGCUCCCAACGGAACAACUGUCUUGUGGGGAGGAAAAAACGAGACCUUUUCUAAACUGAAUAUUCCAAAAUUACGCGAAGACGAUUACGGAAACUAUACGUGUAUAGCAUCUAACUCAAGAGGCACAGAUAGAAUGGUUGUUUCCAUUAGAGGUCUCGCCAUACUCAAUAAGCAGAAAGGCCCAGAUAUCGAAACCAUCAUUCUUGCUAGCGGAAUUGGAGGAGUGUUAGGCUUGUUAUUCCUGAUUGCUGUUUUGGCAUGCUGCUUCGUGAAUCAUCGACAGAAAAGGCUACUUGAAGAGUACAAAGCGAUAAGAUAUCUCAGGAGUGGAGAAGAUUACAAGCUUGACCCAAACCGCACUAUUCUUGAGCAGUGUGAGGAAUUGCCUUACGAUGCUGACUGGGAGUUUCCUGUCAAGAGACUAAUUCUCCAGGGGGUCAUUGGUUCGGGGGCGUUUGGUCAAGUCAUGAAAGCCGAAGCCGUUGGGAUUUUGUCGUUCAGUGCUCGCGAUAAGACAUCAGAUGCCUUUAAAAGACGGUCAAGACUGCGGAGAAGAUUAAGCUCUAGUCGUAUUUAUCAAGAUUCUGCCGGAAAUGACUACACCAGAACGAGUGUUGCCGUCAAGAUGCUUAAAGCGGAGGCAAACGAGAGUGAUUACAAAGACCUUGCAACAGAACUGAAAAUAAUGAUACACCUCGGAGAACACAGUAACAUCAUCAACCUUCUUGGCGCAUGUACUCGAACCAAGCAGCUCAUGGUCAUCAUGGAGUUUGCGCCUCAUGGAAACUUGUUGAACUUUCUGCGCAGUCGCCGUGAGAUCUACGAGGCCACGUGGCGUAAGACGGCUAAUAACCCGGAUGCUGAAUUCACUUUGGCAGACUUAGUCAUGUACUCGUAUCAGAUCGCUAGGGGAAUGGAUUUCCUGUCUUCAAAAAAGUGCGUACAUCGUGACUUGGCCGCAAGAAACGUCCUCAUUGGAGAAGAUUACGUCAUGAAGAUCGCUGACUUUGGUCUAGCACGUGAUAUUUACAAAUCCGAUCUGUAUGUCAAAGAGACGACAGGACUGUUGCCUGUUAAAUGGAUGGCUCCUGAGUCACUUUUUGAUAGAGUCUAUACUCAAAAGACAGAUGUCUGGUCUUUUGGUGUCGUGUUAUGGGAGACACAGACCCUCGGAGGCACACCCUACCCAGGCAUCCCAGUAGAGGAGUUGAUGGACUACCUGGCUGAAGGCAAACGAAUGAGACAGCCAGUGGAUUGUCCACCUGAAAUAUAUGCCAUAAUGAGAGAUUGUUGGCUCCAUAAACCAAGUGAAAGACCGACAUUCUCUGAACUAGUGCGGAGAAUAGAACGAAUCAUCGAGAAAAAGAUCUCUGGGCAAGAAGCGGAGGAUGCUUACAUUAGUGUGUUCAUGGACGAAGAUUUGCAUCGUAUCUACUACUUGGAGCCCAAGGAAGCUUUAAAGGAUUCAUCUUUAGCAAAUAGUUCAAGGAACAAUGAACCUAAUUCAAUGACAGAGGAGGAAAUCCAAGCUUCGCCACUACCUCCUGUGCCGUGUUUAUCACUGGAAAAUCUUUACAAAUCCGACGGAAAUGAAAAUGAUGCAAACUACUGCAAWCCUAUAGACAAUAACCCUGAAACUCGAUACGUUCAAAGCCCCUUGAGUCCUAAAAGAUCUCCAAAUAGUAAAGACCAAGGAAACAUAUUUAAUUACUAUCAAAAUUCACCCGUAAGCUCCCUCCCWAGAGRAACUGACUACAGUGAAAAGCGAAUGAGUGAAAGCUCURCYGGAGUUGAAAGUGGGAUUGACAUGGAYGAGUCWUAUCAAUCAAACGACUACUCAUUAGGGAGGCGAAAACGCCAUUAUGGACUAACACAGCCUGUUUAUGCCGAAGGGAUAUCGCUUCUAGAUUCAUCUGUGGUGAAAGACAAGACGAAAGAAACCUUCUUAUAAAGUUGAUUAAUGGAGCUGAUAUCUUUGAGAACUGAAGUGACCUCUCCUGAAAUACAAAAUCAUGUUGGGGUUUUGUCUAGCUUCAGUACAAACAACACUAAUUUGGGCAGAUGAACAAAAGAUGUUUAUUUGUGUCGACUCUAAACUUCUUAUACAAUUCUAGCUCUAUAGGACUGGUCUUUGUUGUGGCGAAAUGUAGUCGAUUCCUGAUCGAAUUCACGUGACGUUCAUCUUAACCCGUCUCUUAGUUAUUUCUUGCUUUUACACGGCCACUUUCAUUUUUUAUUCCUUUCUUCCCUUCUCCAUUUAUCUAGAUAUUUUAUUUUAUUAAUUUAAUAUCACAACAAUUAAUAUACUAUUUGCAAGCUGAAUCCACACGAAAGACUAACGCUGAAUAGAAAUCAAGAAAAGUAAAAAAAAAAUGAACUUUGUAAAUAUUACUUCAAAACAAGUCACGUUUAAAUAGUCUUAUUAGUGCAAAAAAUCGAGAAAAUUAUAAAUUAGAUGUUGAAUAAUGUGGAUAUAUAUAAUAAAAAAUAAAAUACGGUAUCACUUUCA